AUGGCCGGCGCGGUUGUGCUGGAUGCGGCGCAGCAGGCAGCUAUCGGGACCCUGGACCCCGACUUCGGUGGCCUGCUGGACAUCAAGGAGGUGCCGCCAGAUGUGCAGGUGGCGUUGGCAGCAGCAAGGGUAAGGACAGUCUGCCGGUUCGCGGUGCUGGCUGACGACCGGUGCGGCAUCCGGGAUUUCUGCCGGAGGACACUCAACAUCGACCCAGAUGCAGCCGGCGGAGACGUGAACAUUGCGGCGGUGGUUGACGCAUGGGAAGCAGCGAGGGUGCGGGUGGAAACGCGCAACAAGGUCGAGGCCGAGGCUACCGUGUCUAGCAUGCCCAAGGUGGUCUCACGGACAGAGCAUGCGGCGCUGAGGUCCAAGUACGAGGACACCUACCAGAAAAUGGAGGACAGGGUCACACCGGCGCCCAGCACCCUCGAGAACCUGUUCGACCAGAUCGAGCAGGGCGAGUGGCGGUUCAUGCACCUCACCGAGUUCGUCAGCAGGGAGGACGCGGAUGUGGCACCAGUCGGAGCGGUCAUCGACCACAGCACGGGCACGAUCAAGGUGAAGAAGGGGGCGGUGCAGAACUCGCGGCCAUCGGGGCCGGAAGAGCUGCGGGUUAGGUUGGAUCUCGUGGCCAACGCCAUCCUGAUGUGCGCAUUUCGCUACCCGAACAAGGCGGCAUUCCAGCGGAUCACGCCCAACAUCUUCAGUCGCUACGCCAACCACCUUCUGGGGGAGCACGUCUUCGGUCUCCACAGGAGAGGUGCCGGGGCCCAUGCAACCGCGUGCACUGCUGCCGCAAAUGCCUGGGGACCACAGGUGGCUCCGGCUGGGCAAGAGGAGCCGGGGCGCACCUUCAACGUGCUGUACCUCUUCAGCGGCGAGGAAAGGAAGUCAUCGACGGGCAGCCAAUUGCGAGAGAUGGCUUCAAAAGCGGGCUACAAGGUGCUCUUGGAGGAGUGGGACAUGCUCAGGAACCCCGACCACGACCUCACAGACGAGGGCAAGCGGCAGGGCAUACUGGAGCAGAUCAAGGGGGGCAAGUGCGCGGUGAUCAUUGUCACCCCUCCUUGUGGGACGUGGUCACGGGUGACUUGGGCCAAUCACUUCGGACCCAAGCCAGUACAAGACGAAGCAAGGCCUUGGGGGUACCCGUCACUCUCAGAGAAGUUGCAGAAGCGGGCGGAUGAAGGUAACAUCAUGAUCGUAUUGUUCAUCGACAUCCUGAUGUUGUUGGGCACUACGUGGUGCGACCUGAUCGCUCGCCGACCCUACUUCCUGGGCAAAUGGGUGAGCCCUGCAUCCAUUUGGAAGCUGCCGGACCUCCGGAACGCAGCGGAGAAGCUCGGGGGCAUGCAGUCCAUCGCUCUGCACCAGUGCAACUGGGGGGCCCCGACGCCCAAGCCGACGCGCUUGCUGACAGACCUCCCGCUGCACGCCAGCUUCCUCUACAACCAGUGGCCCCAGCUGGACGGCCAGGGGAGAUACUUGGGCCCGCUGCCGAGGCAUUGCGGUCACAACCACAAAUACGGUCUGGCCAAGCAGCACCCAGAGGAGGCCUUCCGGACUCCGGCAGCAUCAACCUACCCGGCAGAUAUGGAUGCGGCCUUGGCAGCGGCUAUCAAUCAGGUGCUGCUGGAGGCACCACAUCUCACCAAGCCCCCUGCGGAAGGGGUGGAAGGGCUUGGCGAGAAGGGGGCGCUCGAGAAGGCAACGAUCAAGAACUCCUCGAAGGGCAAGUUCGUGUGGGACGCCAUGAAGGAGACGGACGGGGACAUCAAGGAGGGCAAGAUCAGUGGAGAAAAGGACUUCGAGGUGGAGGGAUUUUGGGGAGUAGGGAGGCCUAUGCAGGCCUGCUACAAAGGCAAGAAGAGGGGCGUUCACGACGGAGGAGGACUUUGUUCACCGGGAAGAUGGAGAGUGGGGGCCAGGAACUUUCCCGAGGGCACCCACUUUUGCGAGAUCAGGGAGAUCAUCAGGAAGUUCUUCAAAGGUUGGCUGAGCCAGGAAAGAGGCCAGGAGACGUUCUGGCAGAUGGCAGCGGGCAGGCUCACCGGCUCCCCGUUCGGCAAAUUUGUGGAUGGCUGCCGGAGGGAGGUGGACGUCAAGCUGGCCUCUCUGGGAUGCGAGGUGACUCGGCAGGUGACCGACUGGAUCACGGACCCCGCUCAUCAGUUCCUCAUCCCCUUGGUGGAAACGGGGGUGGACCUGGGUGUGGACGAGGUGGAUGGCCCCUUCAAGGAGGUCUGGUGCGAGAACUACGGCUCGGCGGUGGACAACAUGGAGGACAUUCGGCGGCAAGUGGAGGAAGACAUCGAGUUAGCGGUGGCCUCUUUGGGGGCGGUCCCCAAGGAGUUGGGGUCAUCAAAGGUGAGGAUCAUUCACGACGCAACCCACGAGGUGAUGAUCAACCACCGGAUUCGGGCGAGGGACCGCAUGAGGUUCCCGGGGGUGGACGAUCUGGAGGCGAUGGUCAGGCAGAUGAAGGCGGACCAGGCAGCGAACCCGGCAGUCAGGUUGCUCAUGAAGUACGAUGUCAGCCGUGCCCACAAGUUGGUGCCCGUCAAGGAGCAGGACUGGCCGCUCAUGGCCUUCAGCCUGGAGAAGCCGGAAGAGGUCUUCAUGCGCACGGUGGGGGGCCUUCGGUUUCGGGUCGGCUGGUGGCAGAGGGUGGCAGCGGCAGUCACCAGAUUGGCGCACUACAUGUCGGCCGGCGCCUACGAGCUCUAUCACCUGCUAUUUGCUGACGAUGGGCUCCUCGGGGCCCACGGUGCGGACUGCUGGAGGCGGAUCCUCUACUGGUUCUUCGUGAUGGACGUGGUGGAGGUGCCGAUCACCUGGAAGAAGGUUGCUGGAGGAGUUAGGCUGGGCUGGAUCGGCUACGAGGCCGACAUUCAGCGCUACCUCAAGGCCAUAGGAGACAGCAAGGUAGCGUGGGUUCUGGGCUGGAUAAAGGAGGUCAAGGACGAGGGCAGCAUCCUGGGCAGCCGGAUGAGAUCAGCGCUGGGACGGCUUUCGUUCAUGGCGGGCGCGCUGGUGCAGGUACGCCCCUUCCUGGGGGUGAUCUUCGCUUGGACCUCCAGGCUUCAGCCGGGAGGUUUUCAUCAGGUGCCGAUGGCGGUGCAGAUCGUGCUGGAGUUCAUCAAAGUGGAGAUCACUCGGCGUCCUAUGACGGAGCCACGGCCGUUGCCAAAGAAGGUGGGCGAACUCUUUCGGGUGGAUGCCAAGGCGGAGGGAGAUCCGGUGGUGGUCGGAGAAUUCCACCGCGGAGGCACGGUGGUUCUCGCUGAAACUGACACGGAAGACAGCCCCGUGGGCCUACGAUCGCAGUGGAGAGAUUCGGUGGGCGAGCUCGUGGUGCAAGGGUUCACCGACAGCCUGGUCAACACGCACGUCAUCGACCACUACAUGAGCACGGCGUUCCCUCUCUCGGUGGUGCUGAUGGAGCUAGCAGUUCAGCUGGGCGACUUGGGCACAACCCUUCAGCUCGGGUGGACACCUCGGGAGCAGAACGAAGAAGCGGACGCGCUCACCAACCUGGACUUCACCCUCUUCAACCCAGACCUGAGGGUGCGGUUGGAGCUGGACGAGUUGGGCUUCAAAGUAAUUCCGAAGAUCAUGGAGGCGGCCAUGCAGCUGGACUCGGAGAUCAGGCUCGAGAACGAUAAGAAGAAGAAGGGCCAGGAGCGCUACGACAAGAACUCGGCCAAGAAGCCCAAGAAGGCGGAGAUGAGAUGGAAGACGGCCCCGCGGACGUGUGACCUUGGGCUCAUGGCAAGCCAAUUGCGCUACUACCUGACCUUCAUCGACGAAGAGCUGCCGCAACCGCCAAAUGCCCGCAGCUUGAAGCUCACUGUGAAGGCGAUGAGUGCGGAGUAUGGGCUUGAGCAGGUGGCCCAGCUGCGGGAGAGGGCUGAGAAGCUGAAGGCGAAGCGGGAGACGCAGGACAUUUACAUCGCGCCAGCGCCGCCUACCAUUGGCAGCCGCGGGCACCCACAACUUUGCCGACGCCCGUGCACGCACUUCGCACGCCGCAGUUGUCCACACGGCUCGAAGUGCUCUUUCUGCCACCUGCCCCAUGACCAUGUCUCCCUAGACAAGCGCAUGCGUGGGCUGCUGGCUUCCUGCAGUGAGUCGCUGCUUCUGUGGACAUUGCGGCCUUACUUUGCAAGCCACGCCGAUCCGGCGGCACUCGUCUUCCAGGAGCUUCUGGAUCGUGAGCUGGUACUUCGCCAUCCGCAGCCCCCUGUCCUACCCUCCAACAAAUCCUGGCAGCAUCUCGGACGCGAAAAAAGAGCGCAUAGUUGUUUAAGCACUCGCUCAUAG